AUGGAACGGGACAUGGCAAAAUAUGGUUUGAUGCUGAUAGGAGGAGAUGCUGCAAAAACUCGUCUACUAUUUUUGACAGUGUCAUUUUUCCAGUUCUAUAAGAUUGGCGAUGCCACAGGUGAUCCAAAAAUUCUGAACCACGACACCCGCCAGUCAAAGUGGACUACUCGUGAUGAUAGCAGAAAGCCUGGAAAAUAA